GCGCGACUCACAAACUUUUUCCUCCUCAAAAACCACCGCCCCCCACCCAGUUCAAUAUAAAUUGCGAAGCGACAGCCGUGGGCCUCUGCGUUUGGUUCUACCGUGAGCAUGGUGGCCUCGCGAACCCGCGAGCGGUGAGGGAGUCUACGCUGAGGCGAUGAGUGCGGUGGGCGAACCGUGGCCGAGGCUGACGCCGAGGAGGCUGCCGCUCGCGGUGUGCUGCUGGGCCGGCCUCCUGUCGCUCUCGGCCGCUUGGCCGCUUCUCCUCUUCGCCAACCGGCGGGACAUCCGCGUGGUGGACGCGGCGGCGUCGUCGCCGCGGGGUGCCGGGCGAACGGCUCGGGCCAACGUCUCCGUGGUGCUGGCCGGCCUGGAGGACGCGGCAGCGCUGGACUACGUCUACGACGAGGGCACCGUCUACUGGAGCGACGUCAGCGACGAGGCCAUCAAGCGCGCGCAGCUCAACCGCUCGCUCGUGGGCGGCUCUCCGACUGUGGUGGUGUCGGGCCUGGUGUCGCCGGAUGGUCUGGCGUGCGAUUGGCUGGGCCGCAAGCUCUACUGGACCGACUCGGAGAUGAACCGCGUCGAGGUUGCCGAGCUUGACGGCUCUCACCGCGCCGUGCUCGUGUGGAGCGAGCUGGACCAGCCCCGUGCCAUCGCCCUGCAUCCCGUCAAAGGCUACAUGUACUGGACGGACUGGGGCGAGGUUCCCAAGAUCGAGCGGGCUGGCAUGGACGGCACGGCACGUUCCGUCAUCAUUGACACGAACGUCUUCUGGCCCAAUGGCCUCACCAUCGACUAUGAGGCCUCCAAGCUGUACUGGGCGGACGCCAAGCUCAGCUACAUCCACCGCGCCAACCUCGAUGGCACAUUCCGGCAGGUGGUGAUCGACGGGUCUCUGCCGCACCCGUUCGCCCUGACGCUGCUCGCCGACUCGCUCUACUGGACCGACUGGCAGACGCGCUCCGUGCACGCGUGCUCCAAGCUCACGGGCUCCGACCGACGGCAGAUCGUCACCGACAUCUACUCCCCGAUGGACAUCCACGCGUACAGCCCUCUGCGGCAGCCCACUGGCCGGAACCCUUGCGGCGACGACAACGGAGGCUGCUCGCACCUGUGCCUCAUGUCCCCGGCGAAGCCGCACUUCAGCUGCGUGUGCCCGACGGGCGUGCAGAUCCUUGCCGACAACAAGACCUGCCGCCAGGGCGCGCAGGAGGUGCUGCUGCUCGCGCGACGCACGGACCUGCGGCAGAUCUCGCUCGACACGCCCGACUUCACGGACGCGGUGCUGGCGGGCGCCGGCGAGGUGCGCCACGCCAUCGCCAUCGACUACGACCCCGUCGAGGGCCACGUGUACUGGAGCGACGACGAGCUGCGCGUGGUGAAGCGCGCGUCGCUGCAAGCCGCCGGCGGUGGCCCUGCCGACCCCACGACGGAAGAGACGCUGGUAUGGACGGAGGUGCAGCACCCGGACGGGCUGGCGGUGGACUGGAUCGCCCGCAACCUCUACUGGAGCGACACGGGCACCGACCACAUCGAGGUGGCACGUCUCAACGGCUCGUCGCGCCAAGUCCUCGUCUCCGAGGACCUCCAGGAGCCCCGGGCGCUCGCGCUCCACCCCCUGGCCGGGUACAUGUACUGGACGGACUGGGGCGAGCGGCCGAAGAUAGAGCAGGCGAACCUGGACGGCUCUGAGCGCGUCGUGCUCGUCAACACGUCGCUGGGCUGGCCCAACGGGCUGGCGCUCGACAUCGCCCUGGGCACGCUGUACUGGGGAGACGCCAAGACGGACCGCAUCGAGAUGAUCAAGCUGGACGGCUCUGGCCGCCGCGUGCUCGUCGAGGACAAGCUGCCGCACAUCUUUGGCCUCACGCUGCUGGGCGACUUCGUCUACUGGACCGACUGGCAGCGGCGCAGCGUGGAGCGCGCCCACAAGCACACGGGCGAGCGGCAGGUCCUCAUCGAUCAGCUCCCGGACCUCAUGGGGCUCAAGGCGACCGCCAUCGCCGCUCCGUCAGGCACGAACGCUUGCGCCGGGGAGGAGAACGGCGGGUGCAGCCACCUUUGCCUGUUCCGCCCGGCGGGUCUCCGUUGCGGCUGCCCCCUGGGCCAGGAGCUGCUGGCGGACGCGCACACGUGCGUCGUGCCCAAGGCCUUCCUGCUGUUCUCGCGCCGCGGCGACAUCCGCCGCAUCUCGCUGGAGACGAACGCCCGCGGCGACGUCGCCAUCCCGCUCGCCGGCAUCAAGGAGGCGUCGGCGCUCGACUUCGACGUGGCCGACAAUCGCAUUUACUGGACCGACAUCAGCCUCAAGACGAUCAGCCGCGCGUACAUGAACGGCAGCGCGAUGGCGACGGUCAUCGAGUUUGGGCUGGACUACCCCGAGGGCAUGGCCGUGGACUGGCUGGGCAAGAACUUGUACUGGGCGGACACGAUGACGAACCGCAUCGAGGUGGCGCGCCAGGACGGGGCGCACCGCGCCGUGCUCGUGUGGAAGGACCUGGACAAUCCGCGCGCGCUGGCGCUCGAUCCUGUCGAAGGCUACAUGUACUGGACCGAGUGGGGCGGGCGGCCACGCGUGGAGCGCGCCUGCAUGGACGGCACGGAGCGCCGCGUGCUGCUCACCAACGUGGGCCGCACCAACGGCCUCACCAUCGACUACGCGGCGCGCCGCCUCUACUGGGCCGACCUGGACACCUACCUCAUCGAGUCUUCUGACUUGCUGGGAGAAAACCGGGGCGUGAUCGCGGACGACCUUCCGCACCCGUUCGGCCUCACCCAGUACCAGGACUACAUCUUCUGGACGGACUGGACGCGGCGCAGCAUCGAGCGCGCCAACAAGACGGACGGCAAAAACCGCACGCUCAUCCAGUCGCAGCUGGACGACGUCAUGGACAUCCUGGUGUUCCACUCGAGCCGGCAGGGCGGAUGGAACGCGUGCGUCAUGGGGAACGGCCAGUGCUCCCACCUGUGCCUGGCGAGGCCUGGCGGGAGCUACGUGUGCGGCUGCCCGGCUCACUACACCCUCAACGCCGACAACCGCACCUGCUCACCGCCCACGUCGUUCCUGCUGUUCAGCCAGCGCACGGCCGUGAACCGCAUGCUGCUCGACGACCUGCAGAGCCCCGACAUCGUGCUGCCGCUGCCGUCCCUGCGCAGCGUGCGCGCCGUCGACUACGACCCCCUGGACAAGCUCAUCUACUGGGUGGAGGGGCGCCAGGGCACCAUCCGUCGUGCCCGCGAGGACGGCACACAGCUGUGGACGCUGGUGGCGGCGUGGGGUGGCGGCUCGCAGCCGUUCGACCUCAGCCUGGACGUGUACAGCCGCGCCAUCUACUGGACGUGCGAGAGCACCAACGUGGUGAACGUGACGCGCCUGGACGGGCGCCCCGUCGGGGUGGUGCUCGGCGGGGGCGCCGAUCGGCCCCGCUCCAUCGUCGUGAACCCGGAGAGGGGGUACAUGUACAUCACGAACCUGCAGGACCGGGCUCCGCGUAUCGAGCGCGCCUCCCUGGACGGCACGGAGCGGGAGGUGCUCUUCACCAGCGGCCUGAGUCGCCCCUCCGCGCUGGCGGUGGACAACGCUCCCGGGCGACUCUACUGGGCCGAUGCCGAGCUCAAGCGUAUCGAGUGCAGUGACCUCAACGGGGCCAACCGCAUCGUGCUGGAGGAGUCGAACAUCCUGCAGCCCGUGGGGCUCGCCGUGUUCGGCGCUCACCUCUACUGGAUCGACCGGCAGCAGCAGCUGAUGGAGCGUGUGGCCAAGGAGGGCGGCGGCGGCCGCACCAAGGUGCAGGGGCGCAUGCCCUACCUCACCGACGUGCUGACCGCCCACGAGAUGCCCAUCGCCCAUUACCGGAGCCACCCGUGCUUUGGGGACAACGGCGGCUGCUCCCACAUCUGCAUCGUCAAGGGGGAUGGCACCACGCGGUGCUCCUGCCCCGUCCACCUCGUGCUGCUGCAGAACGAGCUCACGUGUGGGGAGCACCCGACGUGCAGCGCGGAGCAGUUUGCGUGUUGGACGGGCGAGAUCGACUGCAUCCCACUGGCGUGGCGCUGCGACGGCUACGCCGAGUGCGACGACCAGAGCGACGAGCGCGACUGCCCCCUGUGCUCGGACGCCCAGUUCCAGUGUCGCAGCGGGCAGUGCGUGGAUGCUGCGCUGCACUGCAACGGCGACUCGGACUGCCAGGACAUGUCCGACGAGAGCAGUUGCUACGAGUGCCCGGGGGACAUGUUCCAGUGCGGCAGCGGGCAGUGCCUGCUGCGACGGCAGCGCUGCGACGGCGCCGCCGACUGCCCGGACGCCUCUGACGAAGACGCCUGCCCGCUGACUCCGCUGCCGCCGUCCAGCCACGUGCCGGCCGGCUACACCAUCAGCUCGGUGGUGGGCGUCGUCUUCCUGGCUCUCGUCAUGGUCGCCGGCGCCUGCUUCGUGUGCCAGCACCUGCUGUGUUUGCGCGGGCGGCGGCAGCGGCGGCGCGGCGGCGGCGUCGUCGGCGGCGUCGGCGGCGUCGGCGGCAUCGGCGGCACCGCCGGGGUCAUCGUCGGCGCCGACCUGGGCCCGGGGGGCCACGCUGGCGGCUUUGGGGGCGGCGCGGGAGGGGGGCUGCCCGUGCACACGCCGCUGGCCUUCAUGCCCCGCUCGGGCGCUCACGGCGGUUGCCACAUGGGUGCCUCGCGUGGAAAGUCCUUGAUGAGCUUCAACAGCCUGAUGGGGGUGGGCGGUGGUGGCGGCGGCGGCAGUAACGGGGCUCCACCCUACGACCGCGCGCACAUCACCGGCGCCUCCUCCAGCAGUUCAUCCAGCAAGGGCACGUUCUUCCCGCCGAAUCUCAACCCUCCACCCUCGCCUGCCACGGACCGGUCUCGCUACACCGGGAUCCCCAACUACAGCAGCACCCCAUCCACUUACAGGGCCUACAGGCAUCAGAAGCCGCACGCCGUCGCCCCCCCCGACCACGCCGUACAGCACGGACGUGUGCGACAGCGACUGCCCCGUCGUGCCGCUCGGCCCCGCACGCGGCUGGCGCCCCGGGCCCCGGCACGCCGCCAACGCCGCCUCCGUGGGGGGCGUCGUCUGCGCGCCGCCCCCACCGCCCGUCGCUCUCCCCGGGCCGCCGGCAGCGCCGCCUCGCUACUGCGGCGGCGGCGGCGACGCGGCGGCGGCGGCGUACGACUCGGAGCCGUUCGCACCGCCUCCCACGCCCUGGAGCCAGUACCUGUCGGCCGAGGACAGCUGCCCCCCGUCGCCGUCCACUGAGCGGAGCUACUUCCACCUGUGCCCUCCGCCACCGUCACCGUGCACUGACUCGUCGUGAGCGCCCGCCCGCCUCCUUGCCCGGCUGAACUGAGUUGGCGAGUGGUGCGCGUGCGCCUUGGCUAGUUGUGUGUGUGAACUAAAAAGUAAAAUUAUUAUGUUUUGUUUUACCAGCUAAGGCCCCCCCCCCACUGAGCUAUAAAGUAGCUGCUUUUUCAGAAACGUCGUCCUGGCUUGCCACAAAGACAGCCCGACGAGAAAUGGCUCAUCGUCGCGUGGAACUUUAUAGCGGCCAAGUACUCUUGAAUGCGCGUUGGUUCUAAAUGCGGACGGAAAAGCUGGAGGGCCCGGAGAAAAAUCCACGCGACCACGGGGAGAACGUGCACAGGCAGGAUCGAACCCACGGUGCCCCUGCACGCUAGGCGAGGCAGCUGACGUCACGCCACCGUGUGUGUCUUCGUGUGGGGAAGGUUUGCCGGCUGGCCGAGUGUCCGCUGUGUGGUCGUGCGAGUCUGGUUCGUGUGGCCGUGAGCUGCGAAUGGCCUCGUUGCAGCUUGCCACGUGCCGCUUAAGAGAGAUGCUGGCUGCCGAGUUAUCCAAUCCGGUGGCGGCUGCUUUUAAUUUCUCGCCGUUUGGUUAGGUGGCUUCCGGUUGGCUAAAUUGAGUUGGCCCCUUUAGCAGUAAAUGUUGCGGCAAGAAUGGCAAGCGAUUUCGCCACGGUUACGAGGUUUUAGCUUGUUAGAACAUUACAGAGCUGCCGUGAACAUCCUUUUUUCUUUAAUACCAAACCAUCCCACGUGCCAUCCUGCGUGCAAUCCCACGUGCUCCGUAGUGGGAUCUGGUACCGAUUCCGCAUACUGAUGACUCUGCGAACCCACGCGGAUUCCUUAGCGACUUUUGUUCGUCGCGCUUAACAGGUGUUCUUGCUUUUGCCGGUCGUGUUUUUUUGCGGGGUUAUUGCACCACACCUGAGGUUUAGCGGCCAGCUCUCUCUCUCUAAGUUUGCGAGACCGUGGAUUAACGUAUGGGAUGAGCGCCCCCCCCCCCCCCCCCCCAAACAUUUGACGAGGAAUUCUGACCGACUUGUUCAUUUGGAAGAAAUCCUCACUGUGCAAUGACAAAAAGUAUUUUUUUUUUUUUUACUCCCGUGAACGUUUAAAGCGAAACGUUUAUUUUGAGGGCAGUAAAUAACGGUGGCCAGACGGCUUUCGUUUAGCCUCUCGUGAGUCACCGAUCUGCCAGUUGCCCUUUGCUCUCCUCUACUGACCGUGACGGUGACGGGGGCGGCGUUUUGGGACGCCCGGUUCAGGUUUGCGGACUUUCGCUCUCUCUCUCUCUCUCUUGCUCUCUCUGUUGCUCUCUCUCAGCUCUGCCAGCCAACACGUGGUGGGUUGUUGCUGGUUGCCGUGUCGUCCGUCACCCGAGACAAAAAAAACGGCUGCUGAAUGAGACGUUCACCUCUUUCGCGGCGCGGGUGUCGCAUUCAUUAUCCAUUUUAAGUACCGAUGAGUGGCCAGUUAGCGGGCCAGGGCGUCACCCUCUCAACUCCCUUCGUGCGUAGCGUACGAGAGCACGACCCGUGCCGUGCGCCGUGCGUGUAUUGUAAAACACUGUGUGUGCGCGCGCGCGUUUUAGCGAGGUCACGUGCUGUUGAAUGAAACCGUGGUGCCGUGUUAUUAUCCCGCGUUGCGUGACGUUUGAUGCACGAUUGGCACGUCGUGUGUUUCAUCGUGGCGUGUUGCUUUCCGAAAAGCGAGUUUCUUGCAACUCGAUGCAAAGUUAUGAGGUUCAAACCCCACCUCACCCCCUCCCUUUUUGAGGGUGCCACUUUGAGGUGGGGUCCAUUGAGCAAAGAAAAUCUCCGUUUGGGUGGCGACCUGGGCCAACUCGGCUGAGAGAGGGCAGCGACGAGCGCGUGAUGAACAUGUGAUGAACAUGUGAUGAACACGCGACGUGGGAAGGGGGAGAGAAGAGGGGUUUGUUUACCUGCGGUGAUUUUGAACCGAUAUCCUCUCGCCUAAUGUCCAAGUUAAUGUUUUUUUCGUUUCAACUCGGUGAGACAGAGGGGGAGAACGAGUGGCUCAUUUACAACGGUGACCCCUGGAGGGGCAUUCUUCUGUUGCCAAAUAGGGGGGGGCAGGGGGGGGAGCGGGUGAUGAUUGCCAUGUGUGACCCCAACCGAGCAACCUGCCGGCAAUCGUCGAACAUUGGCAAUGAUUUGUUCAAGCAAGUACGAAAGCACUCCGGUCCGCGCACAUGGCAUGGCCGCAGCCUUCGUUGUUGCUGGCGACACGGAGGUGGGGGUGGGGGGGGAGAUCCUUUCGGUGGUGUGAAGGGGCAGAAGGUCAGAAGGUCAGCGACAUCGCUUGCAGGUUCGUUUCGUCAAAUCCGAACCGGUGUGGAACGUACGCGGUCUGUUCUAGAACGUGGCGGUAGUAGUCGCGUUUCCUGAACAACAACCGUGUGAUGGUAUACAACACGGGAGGGUAGAGCACAGUCCGUGAUAACGCGUGACGAUGCGUACGCAGGCUGAGCAAAGGCCGAGGGCCUCGUUCAUCCCGUCGAGAAACGGUUUCCAGCACGCGUCGAUUGUAAGAAAAUCACACCUUUUGGAGAGCGAGAGAGAGAAAAAAAUAUCUAUAAUAAUCUACUUGAAUUUGCGUGGCGCCACCGUAAAUUCGGCGUUAUGCCUCGCCAUUGGCAUGCCCCCUUGAUGCCCGAUGGCAUUCCACCCAAACAAAUCUGGCUUGCCCGUAGCGGCACCUUACCACUGUCAACAUCCAGGCUGCACACAGUGGUGGUUGCAUUUCUGCUCAACGCAUUUUGUGGCGCGGGGUGUGUGUGUCCCCCCCCCCCCCCCCCACCUGCGAUUAGCACGGUCGGUUGCGUAUGUUGCGGAAAAAAACUCCGGUAUAGUAGUCUCUCGAUUAACCGCGUGCGGUUUAUCCGAUUUGCGGAGACUUUGACGUAAAUUCGUGACUUGCGGAUUUUCCCUUAAGCCCAAAUGAAUCAUCUAAAAACGGUUGAACAUCAUUGCUUCUCUUGGAAAUGUUCAUGACAAGUCGCGUGCUUAAACCGAACACGGUACGUUGCUCCGGUUAAUCCGAAAUCCAUGCGAUCGCCUCUACAGUACAGUAGUUGCCAUAUCUUUACGACGUUGGGCGGAUUUUGAUUGAUGUUGAUUGGCGUCGCUCUGCUGUCAUCCACUUGGUUGGUCGAGUCUUCUGCGCGGGAGCAGGAAAGUGUUUAUCGUUAGUAUUCGUUUUGUUCAUUGACGAGCUUAGUUUUCUUAACUAAAAAAUAAUUUAAACCAACAUUAGUGUUUUUUGGCCUCGAAAUCCGCAAAAAACGGUUAUUUUUGGAUUAACCGCAAUUUAAAACAAUCAAGCGGUGGCACAAAUUUGAUGGCAGCUGUCAUUUGGAAAAUCCAUUCCCGUCGCCCUCAAACUGUUUGUGAACAUUUAACCUAAAGAGAAUUCUCGACUCAAACCUUAACGUGUUUGUGUAUAUUUUCGCGAAAUUUAAUGUAGGUUUUUUUUCUGGGUUAGAUCGCGUAAAUAUAUAUAAAUGUGUCGUUAAACCCGCCACCACCCGACGCAGCCAGUUCGUAAGUUUUGUCACGUAAACAGACCGUGCCGAUUCGUCACUCGUACUUUAUAUUGCCACGUACUUCCCUCCCCUCGUCUGUCACUCGCCGUCUCUCUAAAGCUCAUCAAGUAAGCUACAAAGCCCCUUUGCCAAAUGCACUUACCCGCUAGAUAUUCUCUCGUAAAAGGUGCCAAUAAUAAUAACGCGUUGCUCUUUCGACGGAGUUGCGUUUCAACUCUUGCCGCUUUCCUGCAAUCCUCGUGUUUUUUUGUUGUUAAACGAACGAAUGGGCGGGCGGGCGGGGGGGGCGUUAGACUCAGCGGAGAUUGUUUAUCACUUCUAGAUUUGAAGCUUUCGUGACUGCAAGGUAAAGUCACGUAGGUAAAAAAAUGAAAUUAAAAUUAAUAAAAUAAAAAAUAAUAAAUCACGACGUUUCGGAGGCAACGCAAGUCUCCGUCAUCAGGUGGGACCGUCACAGCCAGAUUUGCUGUAUGAUUUUUUUUACCUACGUGACUUUACCGAACAAACUAAGAGUAUUGUUCACCACUCUCGCCGUGUUUUUCUGCCUCGUUGCCUCGCGCGCGGGCGAGUCUUCGAUGCCUUCGUGCUCCCCGCUGCAUUUGCCUGAACCGUUGUGACUUUCGCAACUUUUAAAUGAGCAUCUCGAAACCGCUAAAAACCAAAGUUAAUGCUCGUCAACCGAGGAUGCGUGGAAAAGUAACUCGGCAGGGCGGGAACAAAAAUUACCGCGCGUCUUAAGUUCGCGUGCCCGGCCAUCACCGGCGGAUGUCGGCGUCUUUGUCAACGGUCGGCUAGAGGGGAGUUAGAGUACAUCAUCUCUGUGUUAUUGCCACUCGCAAAGCAGCGGUUUUGGGGUCGGUCCUAACAUUUCCUCUGUCCAGCAGCGAGCGAGGUACACUCCAGCGAACGUCCCUCUUGCACGCCGACUCCCGUACGCAUGUGAGCGCGGAAGGGUUCUCAACAAAGGGUUCAUUAUUAUUCUUACAAGACCCUAACGCCAGACGAUGGGAUGCUGCAAGGGCAGUCCUCGAAGGUCAGAUGUCGACCCUUCAACCUCUUGUGUGGGAUCGGGCAGAAGGAAGGAAGCGGCGGCGUGGCGGCGGCCCGCCGACGCUUUCUAACUACGUCGUUCAAGUGGCAACGUUGAGACGCCCGCUAGUUGGUCGAUCGCUGUCCCGCGUGGCAACUUUGAGCCCCAAUGCGGAGAGAGGGGCAGCCGUGGGGGGGGGGGGGGGGCGCGAAGGAGCAGCAGUAUUUGUGGACUAUCCCAUGGGAGAGCGCUGCUGUUGUGGACAGCACGGCCAUAUUUGUUUGUAAACGAUGUCAGAUUUUUUUUGUCGUCGUCAUUGUGACGUUUCCGACGCUUCCGUUUGCGUCACACCACGGAUCUGAUGCGGGGGACGAUUGGCUGCCGAGCUUUUUUCUUGGCGGCCGCAUUUAAACGUCUCGGAUAUCCGUCUCUUAUUUUUUUAAUUAUUUUGGGACUCAUCGUCCAGCCCCCCCCCCACCCACCCCCCGUCUCGACUAGCGAACUCCUGCGGCGAGUUGCGCACCCCGGUCGGGGGGGGGGGUCUACGUUCGAAGCGGAGCGCGGCGGACCCUCGCAGGAAUGGGGUCACCCUCAUGAUCCGCGGAGAUCAAACAAAUCAUAUUCUCUGGUUCUAUCGGUAAAGUCACGUAGAUAGAAAAUAAGUAUAACCCGUAAAAACAAAGUUUUUCACUAUAAAUCCUUUAUAUGCGUGGCGGCUAGAGUCCUCUCGUCCUCUGGCUUGAGAUGGCUGCCACCUAUGGGUCAGAUGAUUGCAUUGCACCAUUAAGCAAUUGGUAAUUAAAUAUAAUAUUUUUGUCCUAAAAAGUGUAAAAUUUUGGAAUUUUUUUUUCACGAACAUUAAUUGUCACGCACGAGUCUGUGUGGAAAAUGUCAGCUCGAUUGGAUCACGGAAAGUGGGUUAAAAAACGACCGAAAGAUUUGCACGGUCCUAAGCAAGCAAGUGAACUUAAUAUAAAGGAUUUUAAACAAGUAUAACCCGUAAAAACAAAGUUUUUCCCUAUAAAUCCUUUAUAUGCGUGGCGGCUAGAGUCCUCUCGUCCUCUGGCUUGAGAUGGCUGCCACCUAUGGGUCAGAUGAUUGCAUUGCACCAUUAAGCAAUUGGUAAUUAAAUAUAAUAUUUUUGUCGUAAAAAGUGUAAAAUUUUGGAACAAAAAUUUUCAUGAACAUUAAUUGUCACGCACGAGUCUGUGUGCAAAAUGUCAAGCUCGAUUGGAUCACGGGAAGUGGGUUAAAAAACGACCGAAAGAUUUGCCCGGUCCUAAGCAAGCAAGCGAACUUAAUAUAAAGGAUUAAAAAAAACACCUUUCGGUCGCAACACAAGCGUCAGUCUUAAGGUGAGAAAAACAACUGAUCUGCUGUUGUGGCUUUAUAUAGG